CGUCUCCAACAAACCUCGCCCACCUCUGAAAGCACCUCCAAGAUGUCGGGACGAAAGGCUGUAUUCAACCAGACGACCCUGAUUGACACAACACCCCUUCCCGCUGACAUCCCAGCGGUCACAGAAAUCGGAGCCAGUUCUGCGCCAUUGUUAUCGGCGAGUUUCUUCAUCGGAGCAAGAUGCAAGCCGUACAAUGACGAUUUCAUGCAAUGCAAGACCGAGAAUCCUGGAAAGGGAGAGGUGGAGUGUUUGAAGGAAGGAAGGAGAGUCACCAGAUGUGCGAGGAGCGUGGGGCGACUGAAGCGCCGAUGGCAAGGGUCAAGAGACCGCGCGCGAAAGGGUGGCAGAGGGCCGGAAGAAAGGCGGCACAGUUACAAAGAGGUCUUUACUGACUGGGCAUACACCGACAGGCUUGACGAUGUCAACAAACACUGCCUCGCCGAAUUCCGGAAGCACUGGACUUGCCUUGACAACAACAACCAACAGCUCUGGCAGUGCCGUGCACAAGAAUGGAAGCUAAACAAAUGUGUCUUCGACAACCUAAAACUCGAGAAGGUCAUUCCAGAUACUCCCGCAGGGGAGACACCAAUCCACCUUCGAACGCGCCAGACAUACUCACAUCACAACAGCGGACCCUGAGGGACGUCUGGAUACUAUCGCUGAACCUGACCGGAUAUGUCAGGUUGUAUGUACAUAGAAUGGAGGAAUUAAGAUUCGGUCUCUAAAUCUCACGCUGUAGUGUAGCCGAGAGGCGCGUUGGUACAUUUGACAAGAAUGUGUGACUGUCUUCACCCCAGGAUAGAAUUUUAAGCUCCGUUUCACCGGA